ACCAACAUGGCGGGGAUUCGAAUGGAAUUCCUUCUCUUACUCAUCGCUGUUCAUGGCACAAAUGCUCAAACUUUAUAUUCUAUAUUCCAAACAAAAGCUGACUGUAAAAACGGACCAAGUGACCUUUUUCACGAAUUUUACGAUGCUGUUACAAUGACCUGUGAACCGUGUUCACAAAAUAGCACUCUUCAGAAAUCAAGUUCCGAUGGCCUAACAUGUGAGUGUAACCCAGGAUUCAGGUACACUCAAAACUUCGGUGGAACAAAAGUGACUUGUCAGGCUUGUCGAGCUGAUCAAGUUACGUCAUCAGAUGGGUGGGAGUGUGUGACAUGUCCAGCAUCUGCAAGUGCCACACGCACAUGUCCCAGCUGUGCAUCAUCCACUCGACCACAAGUACAAGUGGGUCGUGGAGUGGAUGGAAACUGGAUAGCUGGUCCCAAUGCCAGAGUCUGUCGAAACUGUGCAAAUUACACAUCCCUAAACUAUGCUGGAGACAGAUGUGUUCGCUGUAACAAGAUCCUUGGUAUCCGAUCAGAGCUUUACACAUGUGUUUGUGAUGCAGCAACCAAUGAGGCAAAUGGUUAUUGUUUUAAAAGUACAGACACAAUUCCAAAUGAUGAUCCCACCCUAUACAAUAUUCCACUUGAGGCUGGUGGGUCUGUCAAGUCCAAAUACUUUGAGGAAAACCUGAGAGCUGCUAAAGUUCUUUGUGAAUCUUACAGCAACGUGACAGCAUGUCAACAACUUGCCAACAUGUGUGUGCUCCUUUUAUAUGAUCGUGGAUCCUCUCGAACAGGAAGUGAACAGGCCUGCACCCUGCUGGAGAAAAUACCAGUUGACAGCACUGUCAAUCCAGUUGUACCGACGUUGUAUUACACCGACGAUCCUGAAGACAUUGUCUACAACAACGACAUCACCACAUCCUACUCAUUUGACCCGCCCAUGACAAUGAAGUUCAAGGUCGCUAGGUACAGUCUGGGCGGAACGUUCCUUGGUUUGGAAGACAUCACUGGGGGACUAAUACAGCUAUGUGAAAACACCGAGACUCAACUUAAUGCAGCUUUUGUAUUUGGAACUGUGUUUUCUUCAUCUUGUUCCAUCAGUGCCCUGAGUUUGUGGAAUCAGAAGAAAUACCCUCUGGACUUCUUCGAUAUCUACCUGGACUACACAGACGGUACUGAGAGACGACUCUACAAGGUCCCCUUGCUCAUCAGCAACUACAGAGACGUGUCUGGCCGCAGAGUCAAUGAUGGUGCUAUGGCAGACUGGCAGCUCACUCGAAGAUUGUUCUUGGUUGACAAUGAGGCCACAAUCACAACUUCCACAUCACCAGAUGUGCAGACUGCACCCAAUGCAACCUAUGUGCGAUAUGUACAGUCAAUCCAGCUGGUCCUGAGUCUGCAGGCAGGAACGACUGAUGGCAAGAUCAACCCUCCAUACUUCAAGAUAACGUACGGCGAGGUGGCGAGGGAGGCUGCACAGGGUGGUCAGAAGGUUUCGGUGUCAUUCAGCGUCACCUACUCAAUGGACCAGGGGAAGUAUACUCGCGACUUCCAGAUUGCCACCGGUACACUAGGUACGUUGUCAGUGUUGUACGCAGGCUACAGGACAUGGGUGUGGUCGAAACGGGGCCGCAGAGCUGCCAUUGACUUCCCCACCAUCAUCAACUUCAUCUUCUACCUGGCUGGCUCUCUAGCCAACACUUUCUUCAUCAUCACAUUCGGGAUUUCCUUCUACUGGCUCAUCUUCUACAAGAGACAGAAUGCAGUAUACCUGGUCCACCCAUCAGGUCAGGCCCUGGAAGACUGGCUCGCCCUGUUCGGAUCAUCCUUUGCCCUGAAGACUCUCAGCAUCAUCCACAUGAUGGUUUUACAGUGCACCACAGACAUCUUCCUCAUAGACUGGGAGCGACCCAAAGGUGUCCAGGAAACAUCAAAGGAUGGCCGGAAAUCUGGAGGAACUCCUGUGUCAAUCUGGCGGACAUAUUUUGUGGCAAAUGAAUGGAAUGAAAUUCAGGCAACAAGAAAAAUUAGCCCUGUGCUUCAGGUGUUUGCUGUCGUGUUCUUCCUGAAAGUGGUGGGGUUCGAAAAUGUUGCUACAAUGGAUCCUGAUGGAAGCGUGUUGAAGAAUGCUGCAGAUUACCAGAGUCAACAGUCCUACGUAUACAGAUACGCCGUCGCUGUUCUUGUCUACCUCUUGGUUGCCAUAACUCAGUGGAUCUUCUACGUGUUCAUCUAUGAGAGGUUCAUUGAGGAUCCAGUACGCCAGUUUGUAGACUUGUGCUCCAUGAGUAACGUGAGCUUGUUCAUCAUGGCUAACUCUGCAUAUGGCUACUACAUCCACGGACGGUCCGUGCACGGCAAGGCCGACACGGAUAUGAAGGAGAUGCACCAGAUGAUGAAGAGGGAGGAGCAAGACAUGUGUGGCCAACGUGGACUGAUGCCGAACACAGAACAGCAAACAUUCCAGAUGACCCUGCCUAGCAGACUGCGAGACAAAUACGACCAGGUCUACCUCCCUGCAGCUCUAGAUACGGCCAUGGCUGGGAAUAGAGAGGCAGGGAACAAGGGCAAGAUCACAGACAAGAGUGUCGAGGCCUACACCAUGCUGAACAAAUUCCUACAGGCCUUCAUUGACCAUUCCCUGCGAGACCUGGACUAUGUGGUGAAGGACAAGACGCUGCUGGAGAGUGUGAUGGACACUGAGUUCUUUGAUGUGCAAGACAAGGGCAUACUCUACAAUGACAAUGGGCACUCAUUUGACCAGGUGCUGUUUAUUGGCAAUGAGUCCUCACUCAUCAUCUUUGACACCCUUCUCUUCUGCAUCGUUGAUCUCAUCGCCACUGACUUUGUAUUAGCUGGAGUCAUUACCUACCUUGUUUCACAGCUGAUCGUCCUGGUUCGAGACAGUGGGGGAAGGAAGAACCUGGCCAAGAAGACUCUGGUUGAUGAGAGAUUCUUGAUAUGAGGGCUGACAAGACUUACAGCUGUAUGUCAGAGGCUGGUUAAUGUAAAGGAAGCAAAGACACACGUGCUUCAGAAUGUGUUCAUUUUACCAGUCUGUGGGAAACAGACUUUGAGUCUUCUAGCCAAGCUUUUCAACUGGCAUAUCGAGUAGAUUUGGUGUACACAAUAACUGGCAUGUUCAUCAAAUGUCCAUUUCUAGCAUCUAAGCAUUAUUUUUAAAACCAUAUAUCAUAACCUUCGUUACAUUUGAAAGAUCCAAAGAUGCUCCUGACGCAGCCGAGAUCAGUUGUUCUCACAUUUGUUACGUAAGUCUGAGUGAAAUGCUCAGAUUCUCGUACAUUUAGUAAGUAAACUGUUGGCUCAGACAUGACUCUCCAGUCAAUGUGAGAUGACAAAUGUGAUCAUGGCACACCACAUCAGAUGUUGUUACAGUAAGAUUCUCACCAGGUUUUCAAAAAAAACAACUUAAACCUGACCACUUAUUACAAAAUGUUGAUCACAAGAAAUUCGUCCAUGAUGUAGUGUCAGCUGAUUUUCCUGAACUCCUGAUGUAUCAGAAAAUAUGGAACAGAUCUGAUUAAUGCUUCAUAAAAUCAGCAUGACAG